UUAUUUUGAUAUUUCCCGCACUUAGAAAUGAAUCGAUUUCGAGACACACUGACGCACAGAUUUAUUAAUCGGAGACACAGAAACACCCUGGUAUUCCUAACAAAUUCGUGAUUAGUGGAUGGAGCUGGCCAGGAUUUGGACACCGAUCCUCUUACUGCUAGUACUGCACCCUUUCGGCGGCAUCCUGGCCUACAUUAGUCACAGCCAUUGCAAGGAAUGUGAUCAGUACAAGAACACAGUGCCCGAGAGAUGCAAGUACAUGCUGGAGGAGGAGCAGGUCUUCGAGCGAAAGUGUGGCGGUACCUAUCCGCUGAUGGCGUUCACCAAAUUCCGGGAUACCUUCGUGAAGACCGGGGAACCAUUUGCCCUCUAUAUGCCCAAUACUUUGGAUCAUGUGAUGGUGCUCAUGAAGGAUUCGGCCCUCCAGAGCUGCGAACGCCUUCAACUGGCCGAUGUGACCACGUUCUUCUGCCUGGACGAUAACAGCAAUGAGACGAUUAAAUUGGAUUUGGCUCACAUGUACUGCUUCCCAUUUCACAUCCAGCUGCCGGAUGAUUUGAUGCAGGAGUGCCUCACGGAGAACAAGAUGAGCAAGAGGCAUCUGGACGAUGUCCUCCGCACCCGACGCGGCGUUAUCCACUAUACCUUCGGCGAGAGUCGGGGCCAUCGUUGGUGUAUUUCUGGAUAUUCCUGGGUACUUCUCCUCCAGUUCCCCCAGCUCCUCCGGCUCCUCCUGCUCCCCUGAUGAGUCGUAAAUUUUUAUGCGAGCUGGAGCUGCCAUAAAGAUUGAUCGCUUAAGCCAAGGGGGAUAUGGCAUUAAACAAAAAUGGCAAUACAAAAAAAAAUGAAGUAAAGUAAAUAUAUAUAUGUAAUGAAUUGGUAGCCUUAUCGCUGGCCUUGCUCCUGGCCAUCUCCUUUGGAACCGCGGAGCCCUUGUUGAGUAUUUAUUUAUGGCAGAACAAAUUAAACUGUAUUAACGCA